GGUCGUGUUAGAACUAAGACGGUGAAAAAGGCCUCAAGGGUCAUCAUCGAGAAGUACUACCCUCUGCUGACUCUCGACUUUCACACCAACAAGCGAGUCUGUGAAGACAUAGCCAUCAUUCCAAGCAAGAAACUAAAGAAUAAAAUUGCAGGGUACGAUAGUAUCUAAUUAUUUACAUGUUUUUAUUGUCAUGUUUUGGCUGAAUUGUGUUGAAGUGAAUGUGAGGAUUUGCAGAACAGUCUAGGGCUGUCAAUAAGAUUUCAAGUUGCCAGGUGAAUACAAGUCAGUGGAAAAUCAAACAGCUAUAGAUUUCUUUUGGUUCUAUUUUUCUUCUGUUUUCCCAUGAAAUUAUCAGGGGACAAACUUCAUAUAUAGUACAGUGAUACCUUGUUAGUACGGUCGUCACUGGGUAAAAAUUGGCCAUAUUAACGGGAUGGCCAUAUUACCGGGCAGGCUCAAAUUUCAUGACUUGAGGGCUGUAAUGACAAAUAGACCAUACAUCGCAUUCGCAUUUUUUGUUCUCAUUAUUAAACAACCGGAAUGUAGAUACUGUAAUAAUAAUUGUUGAAAAAACUAAUUGAAAUUUUCCUUCAGUACAUGUAACUCUUUUAAAAGUCGGCUAUAAAUCGCCACAAGUGCAUUGUAAGUGCACUGUAGUCUAAAAACAGUACAAUAAUAAGCUCAGAUUACUAGGUCAAUAAAAUUGACAUGUCACAGGCAUUUUGAUAUUCUAAACUUCUUUAAGGGACAGACCCAAGUUUCUGCCUUACGUAGUUGUCCGUAAUGCAAGGAUGCAAGACUUAACUGUAUUAUGUUUUUGAGCAAAUUUCCUGUUGUGUUGUAGAAAUGUUAAUCUAAAAUAUUUACCACAAUGCAGCAUUCUCCAAGGGUUUGGCAUUUCAACAUUUUCAAAUUUCCUUUAAGGCUUUAUAAUUAUGUAGUUUAUUAUGGAGAAAACUUUGUUUGAUUUCUACAUUUUUGCUUAAGGUUUGUUACCCAUCUGAUGAAGCGUAUCCAGAAGGGUCCUGUGCGUGGAAUCUCCAUUAAGUUGCAGGAGGAAGAACGUGAAAGGAGGGACAACUAUGUUCCAGAGGUUGGUAAACUGAUUGCAAAUGUAAUGGUUAAGGGUGCUGGGGGUCAUUUUCAAAAUGUUGAUUGGUUUUGAGGGGUCGUUUUUAGAUAAGAAAGUACUACCAGGGGAUCGUUUUAAAAAAUUUCAUGAAAGUAGUAUAAAAUCAGUAACGAUCAUCAAUUAGGACUACAGAAGAAGAAAAAAAAGAAAUGCCUGCAUUUUUAGAGUCUUGUUCUGCUAAAGCAAGCUCGACUAAUGAUGUCACAUUACCUCUUAGUGCAAAUGGCCUAUUGGUAAGAUAUUUGCAUCAAUUAAAAGGGGAAUGGCAUGAACAUUCCUGUUGGCCAAAAACAUGGAAUGGAGAACUUUUUUCUAAAGCAAUAAGAUUUUUGUUAAAUGUUGACGCCUGUCCCCAAACUAUCGAACAAUAGGAUAAAUAAGGCAAGAUGAAAGCUUGGUGUAUAUUUAGGAAGGUAUGUUGAGGAGCAAAGUGCCUCAAUUUAGCAAUUAAACCAACCGUUUUACUUAAUUUAGUAGCUACAUUGUCAAUGUGAAUUUUCCACAAGAGAUUUUUGUCAAUCAAAAUGCCGAAAGAGCAAUUUGCAAGCUGUGUUUGGUGCGAUGGUGUGUUUGUUAAACGUUUUGAAGCCUUUUAAGUUUUUUGUCUUGUUCCUUUUGUCACAGUUCCAGUUAUCUCUGUACAUUAUAAAAAUAAUCCUUUUUAAAACAGGGCAGGUGUUUUUGGUUGUCGUGUAACAUUUAUCAUUUAUUGGUUGUUUGUUAUUCAGGUGUCUGCCAUAGAGCAAGAUAUCAUUGAAGUUGACCCAGACACUAAGGAAAUGUUGAAGGUCUUGGUAAGUCUAGUACAUUUUCCACAAAAAUUACUUAAGUGAACUUUAAUUUUCCAAAAGUGACAUCUAUUGCUAGCUAGCCCUUACGUCCUUCUACUGACCAUUUUUUUUAAGGGGUGCAUCAGUGCAUUAUUUAUUCAAAGGUACUGUACAUUUCCCUCAAAUAAACACUUCCUUCAAAUGAGCACUUCAUUUACAAGCAAAAAUAUCGUUAUGAUAAUAAAUGCUUAGUUAUCCUCUCCCCUAAUGGGGCUUUUCAGCGAUAAUGAAACAAAUAAUUCAAAUGGAACAUAACAAAGUUAAGGGUGGAUUUCCACUCUUGUGUAAUUUUUACAUGCAUGUACAAGCACGUAAAUUUUGCUCACGCAAACAAAAUAGAGACAAGGUAUGAAGUGUUGUGCUCAAAUGUGAUGUUGUGUUUGGUGCAACUUUAACUUUUACAUGCAAUCUUUCAUGCAUUGCUUCUCUUCUAUUUGCAAACAUAAAUUUUACUCAGGCACGCAUGUAAAAAUUAUGAGACGGUGGAAAUCCACGUGAAGAAUCCCAAUUCGUAGGAGGCAAGCCAGUUGGCUAGUUUAGAAGCGUGGCCGAGGAUUUUGAACUCAGGACUGUGGAGAACAAAUCCAGCUAGUGGUUAGGGUGGGACUUGAACUCAGGCCCAGCGCCCUAACCACUCUGGCCGUGCUGCCUCCAUUAACGUUCUUAAUCCUGAGUAUUGCUGUUUUAACGAGUUAUUUAGAUCUUGAAUAGCAGGGUACAAAGAAAGUCAGUUUUACAGCCUGCCAUUCGGGCAAAUAACAAGCAUGUACCAGCCCACAAGUCGUUUUAGCUAGCCCCAAAACCCUUUUUGAUUAGCAGGAUUGAUUACAAUCCUUCUGCAAUUUGAAUUUCCCCAAAAAACAGCACUUGCCCAUCGGGCAAGUUAAGUACAAAAAUCACUAGCCAGAUAGCAAAAUCCACUAGCCCUAGGCUACUGGACAGGACUUUCUUUGCCCGCUGAAUGGAUAUAAAAUUGAAUUGCGUUUAAGUGUUCUUCUUUCUUGAUUUCAGGACUUUGGUAAUAUUUCUAACCUCCAAGUAACUCAGCCAAUCAAUGCCACACAGGGUUUCCGUCCUGGAGGAGGUAGUGGAAUGAGGUCUUAA